CUCUGCAGUGCAGCAGUUGUGCUGUGGUGUCUUCCCAGACCGACUUUCACUCUGACUUUCUCCGCCUCCUCCUCCGUUCCUUCCGAAAAGAAGAGAGAAUCCCAACUCGUUUGUUCCUGAUCCAUAUUUAAUUUGGAACGACGAGGACGACUACGAUGUAUUAAAGUGUCUUUAAAAGUGUGUGCCUCUCAAGUGAUAUUAUACCAGGUGAAAGGUCGUUGAGUUAGUGUUAUUCGAUGUGAUUUCUUUAAAGUGGGGAAAUUUAAUAGUGUGUGAAACCAAAGGAAACGGGAGGCUGUUUCAGUUCAGUCCAGGGAUUGAUUUUUCAGCUCAGGCCAAAUAAAUGUGCCACAUAUGUAGUCUCCUCUUAUAUGGGACGUUCGGGUUUGUGUGCCUGCUCAGAUGCGAAGGAAAACUUCCUUCACAGGUUGAAGAGGUGACACUUGGACAGAAAGUGUCCGACAUACUUAACACCAUCCGUGAAGGGUAUGACAAACGAGUUCGGCCUAAUUAUGGAGGGGAGCCUGUCGUGGUGGGAGUUACCAUGUACAUAUUGAGUAUCUCAUCCCUCUCGGAAGUUCAUAUGGACUUUACUGUCGACUUUUACUUUCGACAAACCUGGACUGACCCACGCCUCAGCUUUAAAGGGCCACCUGGAGUUAAAACGCUUUCUGUGGGGACUGAAUUUUUAAAAACCAUUUGGGUUCCGGAUACUUUCUUCGUGAACGAGAAGAAAUCCUAUUUCCACACAGCUACCACAUCCAACGAAUUUCUUCGCAUAUCCGAAUCCGGAGAUGUCAUAAGAUCACUCAGAUUAACCGUGACAGCCACGUGUCCCAUGAAUUUGCAAUACUUUCCCAUGGACAGGCAGCUUUGCACGGUCGAGAUUGAAAGUUGUGAGUGCAUUGAAAUAUUUAUAAUUCCAAAUUAUUUAGAAUGCAAUGUAAUGAAAAUGACGCAAUUAAGGGGACUAGAGAAAUUUUACGUAUGUAAAUUAAUAGUUGGCUACACAAUGUCUGAUCUUCGCUACCGGUGGGCGAAGGGUCUCGAGUCGGUCGGAAUUUCGUCGGACGUUUCGCUUCCCCAAUUCAAAGUCAACGGGCAUCGCCAACAAGCCGUUGAAAUAUCGUUAAGUUCAGGAAAUUACUCCCGAUUGGCGUGUGAGAUCCUGUUUGAGAGGGCGCUAGGAUUUUACAUUAUUCAAAUUUACGUUCCCGCCAGCCUAAUUGUGGUCAUCUCCUGGAUUUCCUUCUGGAUCAACAGGAACGCAACACCUGCCCGAGUAGCUCUCGGUGUGACUACGGUGUUGACCAUGACAACGUUGAUGUCUUCUGUGAACGCUGCUCUCCCAAAGAUUUCCUACGUUAAGAGUUUGGACGUUUUCCUGGGAACGUGUUUCUUGAUGGUGUUUGCCGCCUUGUUAGAAUAUGCUACCGUGGGUUAUAUGGCAAAACGGAUCCAGAUGAGAAAAAAUAAAUUUGACGCGUUACGAAAGAAAGUGGAGGAGGCUAAACCGAAAGGAGGAGAUGCCGAGGCCGGAAAUGCGAGCAAUCCAGGACUUGACGCCAUUGCAAAAAAGAUUGAACGGCUGUGGGGCGUUGCACCCUCGGAUAUUGAUAGAUAUUCAAGAAUAGUGUUCCCCGUGUGCUUCAUCUGUUUCCAAUUGAUGUACUGGGUGAUUUAUCUCAACAUUUCGGACGUCGUGGAAGACGAUCUGGUCGUCUUGGAGCAAAAUUAGCAACCAUUUGUCGCCUUCGUGUUAAUACAUAAAUAUUUAAGUUAGGAUACCGUUUGAGAAAACAGAUGUGGUCUAUUAGGUCCCUGAUUAUAAAGUAUGACGUGAAAAAAUUAAAUUUUGUCGCAAAAAUUCAUAAAAUUGCGAAACCAAAAUUUAAUCGGAAGAAAUCUGUAACUGAAUUGACUACCUAAAUUGUUGCUGGAUUAAGGAUUGUUCGUGUCUUGCAAUAUGUAGAAAAUGUUCUAGUGGAUCGUCCUACUAAAUGUUAGACAAGUUAAAAAAACAUGCUCAUUCUCGUUAAUUGAAUGCUCAAUAGAUAACUAGAUAUCGUGUUGUAUAAGAUUUACUGGGGUAGACUUAAGUAUGAACUAAAUAUGUACCUAGUUAAGAGUUGACUUAAAAAAUAAAGGAAAAGACAUCCUUACAUAUAUAGAAUUUCGUCCAAUUUUGUUAUAUCCACCAAGUACUUAAGUCAGUAAAUGUAUAGUAAAAGUUUAAUGAAAUAAAUUACGUUAAAUUACAAA